CUACUUUGUCUAUUGACUGCCCUUGUCUACCAUAGACCAUAGACAUUGUAAACUUUCAGGCAUCGCGGUGUUGUGCGUGUAGCUUCUCAAGUGAACUCAAAAUUUGUUUUGAAUUCCAUUAUCGUUUCAAAAUGUGUUAGAUUUCUAAGUGAAUGCCUCAUUAGCCACGAUGGACGGUAACGGUUGCCCGGACGGGCAGGACGAUAUAGACGGUGGGAUUUUCAAUGACAAAUUUCAACUUCGUCCGAGUGCUGAUGAUGAAGAAAAGAAGCUAUUUUGGCUGGAAGGUGUUAUGGGGUGCUUCUCGUCAGUUAUCUCCGUGUUCCGCCCGCCGGCAGAGAAGCCAGCGCUAGAAGAGAAAUGGGAGAUACCGGCGGAGGCGAUCACGAAUCUGGUUUACCUCGGCUCCGGCGCGCAGGGCGUCGUGUACGGCGGGCAGAUCAACAACGAAAUGGUUGCCGUGAAGAAACUGCGCGACCCGGCCGAGACGGACAUCAAACAUCUCAGGAAACUCAACCACGACAACAUAGUCCGUUUCCGCGGGGUGGUGACCAAGCCCCCCACCUACUGCGUGGUCAUGGAAUACUGCCAGUACGGGCCGCUGUUCGAGUUCCUCCACAGUGGCUCCCUCUUCGCACCCAAACAGAUUCUCAAGUGGGCGAAAGAGAUAGCAAACGGCAUGGCCUAUCUUCACAGUCACAAGAUUAUACACAGGGAUCUUAAGAGUCCAAACAUCCUGAUAGCGGACAACCUGGUCGUGAAGGUGUCCGACUUCGGCACGUCGCGCGAGUGGAACGACGUGAGCGCCAUCAUGUCGUUCACGGGCACCGUGGCGUGGAUGGCGCCCGAGGUGAUCCGGCACGAGCCCUGCUCGGAGCGGGUCGAUGUCUGGUCCUUCGGCGUCGUAUUAUGGGAACUUCUCACUCAGGAGGCGAGUGCAUGGAACAUGGAGACCCACGCCAUCAUGUGGGGCGUCGGCACCGACACUAUCUCCUUGCCCGUUCCGGCCACAGUUCCCGACAGCAUGCAGCUCUUGCUAACUCAAUUCUGGAACCGGACACCUAAAAACAGGCCACCCUUCAAAAUAAUAGCCGCGCACCUAGAGAUAGCCGGCGACGAGUUCGCAGAGAUCCACCAGGAGACCUUCAGCGUGACCCAGCAGACCUGGAAGAGAGAAGUGCAGGAGGGCAUGGCGCAGCUCUACACCAAGAGCGAGAAGCCAGCCGACGUGCAGGAGACGGCCACCAGGAAAGAGGAGCUCAAACACGCAAGAGACAUCAGACUGGUGUACGAGAAGCAGCUAGCGCGAGCCAACGAGUUGUACAUGGAGGCGUGCGCCGUCAAACUGCAGCUGGAACAGCGGGAGGCCGCUCUCACAGAACGCGAGAAGGCGCUGAAAGCCUGCCGCUGCUUCCGUAAGGUGGCGCUGCACCGGCAGAGCUCCACGUCCUCGGACGGCAAGUGCCGCGCGGAGCCCGGGCACAGGCGGCCAAGGAAACGCGACACCGUCAUCACGCAACAACAACAACAACAGAAGACCAGCACGGCGCUACUGAGCGACGGAAACAAGUUCUCCUCAAUCGUCGACGGAGUGAAAAACAACAACCUUGAGAAAGAGACGGCAGACACCGUAGUCGAGAAGAACGGCAACGUGGAACUGAAAGAUGUGGUCAACGACAAUUAUAUCGACGAGGUCGUAGCUCAAGUCUAAAUAUACUCUG